AAGUGGGAAGAAAUACACAAACGGAACAAUUCCGUCGCUCGCAUCUUUGCCUGUUUUCUCCCUUCUCCCUGUGAAUUUUCCCUGAGAUUUUCUCGGAAAUAUUCUAGGGUGAGAAACGAAUCCUCCGGUCUCAUAGAUAGAUAGAGGGAGAUCGAUCUGGGCCCUCGCCUAGUUCCCGAUGGGAACGCUUCAGACAUGGCGAAGAGCCUAUGGAGCCCUAAAAGACACCACCAAAGUCGGCCUUGUCCGAGUCAACAGCGAUUACGCCGAUUUAGAUGUCGCCGUAGUCAAAGCCACUAACCACGUCGAGUGUCCUCCCAAGGAACGGCAUCUCAGAAAAAUCUUCUUUGCAACGUCGGCGACUCGGCCUCGAGCAGAUGUUGCUUACUGCAUCCACGCGCUUUCUCGGCGAUUGCAUAAAACUAGAAACUGGACGGUUGCACUGAAAACCCUUAUAGUCAUACACCGUCUCCUGAGGGAAGGUGAUCCGACAUUUAGAGAGGAACUGCUCAACUUCUCUCAAAGAGGACGUAUUCUGCAGCUCUCAAAUUUCAAGGAUGAUUCAAGCCCUAUCGCCUGGGAUUGUUCAGCCUGGGUACGUACAUAUGCUUUAUUCCUUGAGGAAAGGCUCGAAUGCUUCAGGGUCUUAAGAUAUGACAUCGAAGCAGAACGGCUUCCAAAACCUGCUCCUGGGCAGGAUAAGGGGUACAGCAGAACCAGGGAUUUGGACAGUGAAGAACUCUUGGAGCAGUUGCCUGCUUUGCAGCAGCUUUUGUACCGUCUCAUUGCCUGCAAGCCUGAAGGUGCUGCUAACCACAAUCAUGUCAUACAAUACGCACUUGCUUUGGUCUUGAAGGAGAGCUUCAAAGUCUACUGCACCAUCAAUGAUGGAAUUAUUAAUCUCGUAGAUAAGUUCUUUGAAAUGCCAAGACAUGAAGCAAUCAAGGCCCUUGAAAUAUACAAGCGUGCGGGCCAGCAGGCUGGUAACCUUUCUGAUUUCUAUGAAGUCUGCAAAGGACUGGAACUUGCAAGGAACUUCCAGUUUCCUGUUCUAAGAGAGCCACCACAAUCUUUUCUUGCAACAAUGGAGGAGUAUAUCAGAGAGGCACCAAGGGUGGUGGACGUCCCAGCUGAGCCACUGCUUCUGACAUAUAAGCCAGACGAGGGCUCUUCUGCUGAAGAUGCCAAUCCUUCACAUGAAGAACCUGAACCAUUACCUUCUGAAGAUACUGUUGCACCCUCAGAGGAGGUACAACCUUCACCUAUGCUCCCUUCAGCUGAGCGUUCUCAGAACAUCAUUGACACAGAUGACUUAUUGGGUCUGAGUUCUGCAGCGCCUGAUGCAUCUGUGAUUGAGGACCAAAAUGCUCUUGCUUUAGCCAUUGUUCCGACCGAUGGAAAUAACAGUUCUACAACCUCUGGAUACGGUCAAGUAAAAGAGUUUGAUCCCACGGGGUGGGAGCUUGCUCUGGUCACCACGCCCACCCCCGACAUAUCUGCAGCCACUGAGAGGCAAUUGGCUGGUGGCUUGGACACGCUCACUCUGAACAGCUUAUACGAGGAAGGAGCCUACAGAGCCGGCCAGCAGCCUGCCUAUGGGGCACCAGCCCCCAACCCUUUCGAGGUCCAAGAUCCUUUUGCAUUGGCCAACGUCGCACCUGCGCCUGCUGUAAACAACCCCUUUGCCCCCUACCAACCCAUCUAUGCCCCCACUCCUACCAACCCUUUUGGUGAUUUUCCGGUUAACCAGCCGCAUAAUAACACCACUGGUUUUGGAGAUUUUCCGGUUAACCCUGUCUCUCAGCUGCCGCAUUCCACCGGUUUUGGGGAUUUUCCUGUUGGCCCUCCUUCGCAUCAGUCACAUAACAACCCCUUCGGAAGCACUGCCCUACUGUGAUCUUUCUCCUCCACUUUUUCAACUCUUUGAUCGUUGUGGGUAAAUGAGUUACAAUGUUCUUUUGGUUUGAUAUGGAGCAAAUUAAAUCUUGGUCGGCUCGGGGGUGAAUAUAGAUGUAGAACUACUACUUUCGAUUGCUAUUGUAAUAUUUGUCUGUUCAAUUAGAUAAGCGAACAGAGAAGCACAAACUUCUGGUGUACCUUCCAAUAGGAUUUUGACACGCCUGGGCUUAUUAUAACAGCUUAGGGAAUCUUGAAUC